CUUGUCUUAAACAAAUCUAAAGCUAUAAUAGUUUCUAAUUUCUCCUACUACAGAUAUUCAGCCCCUCUGUAUGUGGACAUUACUAAAACAGUGGUAAAGGAAGGAGAGGACCCCAUAGAAACCACUCACCAAAAGACUUUUAUCGGGAAAAUCCCCAUCAUGUUACGGUCCACCUACUGUCUACUGAGUGGCCUCACAGAUCGUGAUUUAACAGAAUUAAACGAGUGUCCACUUGAUCCUGGAGAAUAUUUCAUCAUUAACGGAUCAGAAAAAGUACUCAUUGCUCAAGAGAAAAUGGCAACAAACACAGUGUAUGUAUUUCAGCAGAAAGAUUCCAAGUAUGCUUUUAAGACAGAGAUUCGGUCGUGUUUGGAGCAUUCCUCCAGACCUACAAGUACACUUUGGGUGAACAUGAUGGCCAAGGGAGGAGGGGGAGCUAAGAAGAGUGCUAUAGGACAGAGAAUCAUCGGUAUCCUGCCAUACAUCAAACAGGAGAUCCCAAUCAUUAUCGUAUUCCGAGCCCUCGGAUUCGUGUCGGACAGAGACAUCCUGGAACAUAUCAUCUACGACUUUGAUGAUCCGGAGAUGAUGGAAAUGGUUAAGCCCUCCCUUGACGAGGCAUUUGUGAUACAGGAACGAAAUGUAGCACUCAACUUCAUUGGUUCACGUGGUGCUCGGCCAGGUGUGACCAAGGAAAAGAGAAUAAAAUAUGCUCGUGAAAUUCUACAGAAAGAAAUGUUGCCUCACGUUGGUGUCAGUGACUUCUGUGAGACCAAGAAAGCCUACUUUCUAGGGUACAUGGUACACCGCCUGUUAUUGGCAGCCUUGGGUCGACGGGAAGUGGACGAUCGUGAUCACUACGGCAACAAGAGACUUGAUUUGGCCGGACCCCUACUGGCCUUCCUGUUUCGAGGAAUGUUCAGAAACUUGAUGAAGGAAGUAAGAAUGUAUUCACAGAAGUUCAUCGACAGAGGGAAGGAUUUCAACCUAGAGCUAGCAAUCAAGACUCGUAUCAUUACAGAUGGCCUUAAAUACUCCCUGGCUACAGGAAACUGGGGUGACCAGAAAAAAGCUCAUCAGGCUCGGGCAGGUGUAUCUCAGGUGUUAAACAGACUGACAUUCGUGUCAACCUUAUCUCAUUUACGACGGUUGAAUUCUCCCAUCGGUAGAGACGGUAAAUUGGCCCGUCCUCGACAGCUACAUAACACACAGUGGGGAAUGGUGUGUCCUGCUGAAACACCAGAGGGCGGUGCUGUAGGCCUGGUGAAGAACCUUGCCCUUAUGGCAUACAUUUCCGUUGGUUCUCAGCCCUCACCAAUCCUCGAGUUCUUGGAGGAGUGGAGUAUGGAAAACUUGGAGGAGGUCGCCCCAUCUUCUAUACAGGAUGCUACAAAAAUCUUUGUGAACGGUUGCUGGGUGGGCAUACACAGGGACGCUGAACACUUGAUGAACACGCUCAGAAAACUCCGCAGAGAGAUGGACAUCAUUGUGUCUGAG